AUGGCACCAAAAAAGGCUGCGAAAAAGGAGGAGCCGCCACCAAAAAAAGGUGCAAAGAAAGCCCCGGAGCCAGCGAAGGGAAAGGGGAAAGGAAAAAAGCCUGCCAGCGAGUCGGAGGAAGGCUCCGAUGCUGACCUGCUGACCAGCGAGGAGUUAGACGAGGAGGAAUCGGAGGAGUUGAGCGAGGAUGACCGGGGGAAGAAAGGCAAAGGCAAGGCAGCGGCGAAGGGAGGGAAAGCGCCACCGCCACAAAAAGGGGGUAAACGUGGAGUCAACAUCAAGGCGACAUCGAAAGCAGUUGCCGCGUUAAAACCUGAAGAGACAAAAGGAGGCAAAGAUCUUAACCUAGGUAAAAUGAAGGGCUUUGCUGCAGACGCUGCAAAGAAACAGGAUGCUGUCACUGGAUUGGCUGGUAAGUUAGGAGGUCCACCUCCAAAGAAAAAAAAGGGGUUGAAAACUACCUCUAGGCUUUUCAUGCGUCUGUCUGGCAACAAGAAGAAAGACGCAGGGGUUGGCAAGCUAUUUGGAGGACUAGGAAAGAGCCCAUUGGGCAAAAAUCCUUUGGAGGGUACCUCUAAACUCAUGACAGGCUUUGGAGGACUUAAAAAAGACAGCAAGGCAGCAACAGGGCCGGGAAGCAAGUUUAAACAGAAAGUUGGCUUUCAAAAAAGGGGCUGGGUGCUGGGGAAGAUCGCAGGGGCAGCCAACUGGCUCACACGCAGAUUCAUUUCAACAAAGACUGGGGGAGAACUGGGCAGGAGGGGUCACAAUAGGUCAAGCAUGGGCAGGUAUGGCCAAGGCUACUACAAUGAUGGCUAUGUGGAUGACGAAUACAUGUAUGGCUAUGAGGAUGAUUACUAUGACCAGGGAGGCUAUUAUGAUGGCUAUGGAAGAGGCAGGGACUACUAUGAUGAAGGUUACGAUGACCCUUAUGGAUACUAUGAAGACGAAGGUGGAUAUUACGGUCCUUAUGAUGACGGAUAUGAUUAUUAUGAAGAGGACUAUUAUGGGGACUAUGACAGACCAUAUGGAUACUAUGAUGAUGGGAUGUAUUAUGAUGACUAUGGUCCAGAGAAGAAAAUUCAGCCCCCCUCCAUCUCCGCAGAUGUCAAGAAGAGGGCCAUCGCCACCGCUCUCUAG